ACGCAACUAAAGGAAUUUUCUUGUUCUCAGUUCGCCACUUAGAUAAAUUGGUUGCCCUGGAGAAGUUAAGCAUCACAGAUAUUGAAACUUUUAGUACGCCUCCUGUGGACUUACUACCAAUUUGUGCAUCACUGAAGAAGCUGCGCAAUUUAACUUUGGUUAAGGUUAAAAUAUUGCCUUAUGAUGAGCCUUAUUCCACAUUUUGGUCCAGCUUGGAAUUCUUGCACUUGGAGUAUUGCGAAUUCUCCAUCGAAUUGCCAGACCGCCCAAAGCUCAAAUAUUUGGAUAUGCAUUACCCAAAAUGUGCCAUCGAAGGCUAUGUUUUGAAAUUUAUUCUUAAGAAUGGAAAAAAUCUCACAGAACUGCGUGAAAGGUCCGUUCCGCCAAUCAAUGGCAAUGGAUUUCUCGAACUGCUUCGCGGCUGCCCGGAACUGCGGCGUCUACGCACUACAAUGGAAUUCAUAAAACCCCACGCGGGGUAUGUGAAUUCAAUGUUGGAAAUUUUAAAGGAAAAUGGAGUUACGCCGGAGAACCCAUUAGAACUAAUUAUAUGUAGGCGGAUAAAGUGGAAGUGGUUUCGACGACUACACCGUCGGUCUCCCAAUGCUGAGUUAAUUGAUUUGUACGAGGGUACUUGAUAGUUUAAAAUAAAACAAAACAUAAUUAUUACUCGUUGGUUUUAUUUAUUUAUUAUACAUAGCUUUCAUCGAGCUCCAAUCAAAAGCUUUUCUUCCACGAAAAUGCAUUUCUCUUGAGAAAAAAAACUUGUUUUAGACCUGAUAUUCAAUAAUAUUUUAUAUCAUUCGUUUAACCUAGCUGAGGAAACUGGCCAGAAGAGAUUGCAAUGGCUCUGGCUAAGGAAAUAAUGGUGGUGGAACAUAAGCACAGCACAACCCCAAAGUUUCUUUUUGGAAUUUGCGUGCGUUACAAUACUGA